AUGAGUCAGCUGCGGCUGGUCUCGCAACUAGCAGAGUUGGACAGAUUGAGGCUGAACAUCAACCUCCCGCUGCGAUGUGGGAGAAGAGACAUGGAAAGAAGACAAUCAAAGCGACGCUAUCGACAAAGCGUAAACGAUGCGGGGCCUGAGCAGCCCGUAGAUGUGACGGUGCUGACUGAGAGAUCCUUGCUUCCGUCCGCACAGGUGUACGAGCGGGCCCAUCACUUCGACGAGACCACGCUGGGCGAGCUCACGCCGCACGUGGAGACGUACCGCAGCCGGUGGCCCGACGACCUGGUCAUCAUCGUCGCGGAGGUGACCGAGCAGACGAGGAGCUGGCGAACCGCCCCGGGCAGCGAGCUGUACGCGAGCCUCAAGAGACAGCUCUCUGGGCUCACGGGGCACCGCUUCCCGAGGCACAUCAUCAACUCGGUCAUCAACGAGCGGCCCCGCCAGCCCUACGUCCCCGGCGAGGGCGGCGGCGUGCGCGGCAACGUCGCGUGGGCGCUCAAGUACCGCGGCAGCAACGGCGUCUUCCCGAACCACCCGGGGCCGGACUCGCCCGAGGCCGAAGACCUGCUGACGGAGACGACGUGGAUCGGCGCCUGGGUGGGCUGCCGGGAGGCGGUCCUUGCCGAGGAGCCGGCCGAGCCGGGCGAGCGACCACGUCCGCCCAUGGCUGUGGUCGUCUUCCCCCGGGAUGGGCGUCGUGCGCCGUCCGACCACCACUAUUACGCGAGGAGGAUGAUUGAGCAGUACAGGAAGCCGUCGACCAUGUACUGGUGGAGGAAUGUGCGCGAGCAGCCCUUGUUCCUCUUCAUGGACUUGCAUCAUCUUUUCAACAACUUCAAGACCAUUGUCGCGACGGCUGACUGGGAGGUCAAUAAGGUCAUGGAACCCGCAUCGUACAGUAGAAGAGACAAGGUGAUACCCCGGGUGGCAAGACUAAGGGAGGCAUUGAUACGAUUAUCGGAGUUCCGACAGGAGUUCAAGACGCACGAGAUAGCGCAAAGGUCAAUAGAGAAGAUAGUCCAGCACCACGGGGAACAAGACACGUACCGCCACGGCGUGCUGGUCGACCGCGUUGCCCGCGCGCGGUACCAGUCCGACCGCCUCAAUGACAGGUUGACCGACCUGGCAAACGACCUGGAGACAUCGAACCUGCAGGUCGAAAUGCUGCGGGAGCAGUGUGUCUACCUGAUGGACUCGGAGUUCAACACGGUGGCCGCCCGGACCGACGCCAGGCUGGGCAUCCUCACCCUCCUGGCUUUUGUUCUCACCCCGGCCGGCUUCGUCGUCAGUCUGUUCAGCGUGAUCGAUUCCGGCACGACUCAGCUCAUUGUUAGCACGGUUCUGGUUGCGUUCUUCUCCGUUGUGGUCUAUGUCGUUGUUGACGGGUUGUAUAGACGGGCUGAGGGGAAGACGCUGCCAAGUGCCCUUGCCGUGACGGAAAGGGACCACAUUGAUGGGAAUGGGAAGCGACAGCGACACCGCUGA